CAAAAUGGAAAAUAAUAUGAUGUGAAGUCAAAAUUAAUAUUACCUAUUCUUUUUAUAUUUAUUUACAAACAGCGUUUUUGCUUUUAUUAUUGAUGUGGAAAUCAUCUUAAACAUUUUCAAGUAAUGCCAUCUCCUUAUUCCGAGGGCUGGCAAGACUGUUACCAGCCGAACCUGUGGUUCUUCUCCUUAAUACGUCUGUUCAGGAUGUUUGGAUAAACUACCAAAUAUAAACUCUAAAAUGGAUUCACCCGGGCUGGUCGCGGUGAUCAGAGGCAAUAACUUGGGGCUCUCCGUGACCCUUGUGAACGAGAACAAACUGAAGAAAACCAGCAAAUGUGUCGGUUCAGAUGCCAAAGUUGACUUUGAGAAGUCGUACAAAAAGAAUAACAAUGCCCACAAAUGUACAAGCACGCUAAGCAACCGAGAUAUUCCACCUAAAGUGAAUUACAACGGAUACAUAAAUACUUUUUCGCACGCUAAACGAGGUAGAACUAAUGCUUUAUUUUCUACAAAUCGUAAUAUUUAUUAUCAAAGAACCUUACCAGGUUCCAAUACGAAAGCUGAACAACUGUUUAAGGACUCUUUAAGGAGAUACUCAUUCGACAACAAAGCGAGAUGUUACGAACAAGCUGAUGUUAUUGCAAAAUCGAAGCUGAAAAAACUCAUAAAUGCUAACAGACCAUCUCCUUACGCGAAAGUUAAUAUAAGAACAUACCGCGCAAAAAUCAGGCAAUAUAAACUAUUGCACUUGCUAAAAAACUAUAAUUUUACCACUGGAGCUCAGAAUGAUCAUUUCAGAUCUCAGAAUAAACGAUCGGAGAGGAAGUAUUCGGAUAAAACGCCGGAUCAAUUGAAUGAUGAGUUGAGUUAUUCAUACGACUAUUUCAAUGUUGGCAAAAAUAAGAGACUUAGGAAAAUGCAAGUCUACCUAUCGGAUGAUGUCGGCAACAGUAUUAAAACGAAUGAUGGUAGCAAAACUGAUAAGCUGAUUAUGUGUCCGGCCCUCAACAAGCGCUAUUGUAAACAUUUACAACUCUACCACAACAAACGGACUUGCGCGAAACAUUUAUGCAAAGCGGCAUGUCAGGACCCCGAGCCGAAAAACUUGCUCUACAAAAUAGCAAUGAACAUCUGUUGCAAAUGUCAGAAGAAGCUACCGUGUGACUGUUUCCCGGCAAAAAAAACUAACAAGAACUUCAAUACAAUCAUUGAAGACAGAGUCAGUGAGUGGGCAGAUGACGUACCUGUUUAUAUGAACGAAUCGCCCGAGGGCAAAAUCAAAAGGAGACUUCUUAUUCACAAACUAAAAGAAACCCUCAAAAAGUUACCCAAAGACUACCAAUUUUUGGAGCUUGCCAGAAGUGAAAUCAAAGAAGUAGUCAAAAAUAUGCCUAUGUGGCGCCCAAACGGUGCACAAGACAGAGAUAACCUCAUGAAUAAUUUAACUACGGCACUAGUUGAAAAAUUAGUCAAUUUAAACGCAGGUCUUGUUGGUAAAAUUGAAUCAGUAUUCAAUGAUGUUCCAUUCAAAGAUACGGAUACACAAGGCAGAUAUAUCAAGAAGAAAAAAGAGAUAGAAAAUCCUGUGCAUCAAAUUAAAGUCCUAAUAGAAGAAGAUUGCAAUGAUGAAAAAUUUAAAGAUAAAUUACAAUCAAAUCUUCAUGGCAUACUAAACGAAUUACCAUUAGAUCUAUCUAAAGAAGAUAUUGAUGAAGAAAAAGCUUUAGAGAAAAUUACUAGUAAAGUAGCCAACGAGUUAAAUAAUAUUGCUCUUGAGUAUAAAGAGACUAAACUAGCUGACACUAUGGAUAAAUUAAGAGUACAAGGAAGUGAAGUGUGGGUUAAUCCAGAGGAAGAUUCUCUAAACAGUUAUAUAUUUGAAGAGAGAAUCAUAUGGGAUGUCAUAGAAAAGACUCCUGCGCUAGCCCAGAUAAGCAAGACUCACAUAAAUGAUAUGGUUAAAAAACUAGCAGACCAAUUACACCCACUUGGUCUAGAUGCAAAAGAUAAAAAGAGUUUAACUGCGCGAGUGAACAGUUUUUUAGAAAAGAUUUGUAAUAAAACUCAGACUCAAAUAAAAGCUAGUGACAAAAAUUAUUUCGUUGAAAAUAUUUUACAGGAAUUAGAAUUUAAAAUUCCUAACUUAACGCCACUAAGCGUUGAACAACUUAUAUGGGACGUUAUUGAAAAAACGCCAGAGUUAGCAAGUGUCUCAAAAACAAAUCUGAGAAACCAUGUAAAUCUAUUAGCUUUUACUGUUAAUGGAAUGAAUUUAGAAGACACUGAUACCGAAAGUGAAGCUAAAAACGCCAUAUCAUUGUUUUUAGACUCACUUUCAAAAAAGUCUGUUAUACAACUUACAGAAGAAACGACUGAGAAAAUUGCAAAUGAUCUACUGAAUGCCAUCAAAAUACAUAAACCUAAAUUAGACAUACCUGACGAUGAAUUGCGAAUAUGGGAUGCUAUUGAAAAUAUACCAGAAUUUGCAGAUGUACGUAAAUCGAAAAUAGAAAACAUGAUUAAUACACUAUCAAAAAAAAUACGCAUUUUAUACAAUAACGAUGCUGAUGAGGUUGAAUUCAAACAAAUAUUAAGACCAGUUGUUGAUAACUUAUUAGAAAAUACGCAAUGGGAAAAGGAUGAUCAAAAAAAGGAACUGUUGACACAAACUAUUUAUAUCGGAGUAGCUCGACCGAAAGGUGCCGUAGAAGAACAUAUUUUAUGGGAGGCUAUAAAAGAAUUGCCAGGAUCAAGUAAAAUAAAUAAGUCAAAUAUGGAUAGUUUAAUUAAAGAAAUUGCAAUUGAUAUUCACGGCAUUACCAAAAAAGUCGAUGGCAAUGGAAGUUCUAACACGGAACUGCAAGACAGAGUUAGCAAUUAUUUACAAGUAAUUUCGAUGAAAAUUGGAAGAAAAAUUGAUGAUGAAGAAAAAAACAAAUUUAUACAAACUGUUUGUAAUAAAACAAAGGCAGCUAGUGUUCACAGCAAAGAGGAAGAACGGUUAAUAUGGACAUCAAUCAAGAAAAUUCCUGAAUUCAAUGAUAUUCCCCGCCAUGAAAUACGAGAUAUGGUUAAAAGCUUAGCAAUUAAAUUACAUGGAUACACAAUAGGCAUCCCAAAUUUAGACCAAACUGACCGGAUAGAAAGCUUUUUGAAUAAAAUAUCAAAAAAAUACAACCAACCAUUAAAUUCAUAUACUAAAAAUAAGUUCACAAAAAAAAUUAUAAGACACUCUAAAAUAAGUGCAGAAGAACAACAAAUUUGGGAUAUAAUUGAAAAUACACCAGAUUUAGCUACUAUUCCCAGAUCUGAAAUAAGUCCUAUGGUUAAACAAGUAACGAAUGAAAUACAAAAAAUUAAAUCUGAAGAGGAUAGUGAAGAUAUUCAGGCAGAAAUUCAAAAGAAGAUUUCUAAUUUCUUCAAAAUAUUACUACAUAAAUAUGAUUUGAAAUCUUCUAUUAUUCGUGAAGAAAAACUACUUCGGGACAAAAUAGAUAAGGCUCCUGAAUUAACAGAGAUUCACAAAGAAGAUAUAAAGAAACCAGUUCAAAUGCUUGAUAAUAAUAUAAAACGUACCGAUGAUGAAGAACUUGGUGGUAUUGAAAAUGAAACAAAUACUGUUUUUCACGAAGUAGCAACCAAAUCAGCCAACACAUUAGAUUCUAAGAAAGUACAUAAAUUGUCAAAAGACUUUACUUCACAACUUGUUCAACAAAAUAAAGAUAUGAAUGAAUCUAUGAAGCAGAGACUGGAUACAUCAAUAGCAAGCUUGAAUAAAACAUCGAUCAGGGUAAAAGAUGAAAAUGGUAUUGUAAGAUUAAAUAAUAACAUUAACGUUGAAAAACAAAAAUAUAUUGAAGCGGAAGUAGCAUUGAGUAUGUUUAAACAAAAUCCGAAAUUUUCAAACAUUCCUGAAAAUACACUUAAAGAUAUAAUAAAGAAGCAUAUAGGUCAAUAUUAUUACUCAAAAGCAUCAGAUGUAAUAGAAAAGCUACUUCAAAAUAUUGUUACUACAACUGGGUGUGAUAUUGAUUCACAAGAGACAGAAGAUUUCAUUAAUACUUUCAGUACAAAAUUCUAUGAUAAAAUGUUAGUCAUAAAGAAAGAGAACAUAGUAUUUGACAAAUUAAAAGAUGCAUUUGGGGAAAUUAAUCACAUGGAACCUCAAGAUGAAAUAAAAGAAAUAAUGGCUGUUUUGCAUUUAUUAGAUGAAAAAGAAAUUACUAAAGAUAUUGAGUUAGAAAAGAUUAAUAUUGUUCAAAAAAUCAUUCGCCUUUAUUCAGAUAAAAGUGGACAUAUUAUUGAUCAUAAGUUACGUAAUAAAUUAACUCAAGAAAUACUAAAUGACAUACAUUUACUAUCGGCAUCUAUGCGGAAGGAAGAAAUGAUUUGGGAUGUUAUAAACAGUACACCUGAAUUAAAAGAUAUAUCAAAAGAUAAAAUCACAGAAAUAGUUGUUACUCUAAGUAAACUAUUGCCUGAUAUACAUGUAGAUGGAGCUGACUGUGAAAUAACCAGCGAGGUUCAAGACAGAAUAGGCUGUUUGUUACGGGAUAUUGCAAGAAUUACUGAUACAAAAAUUAAUUCACAAAUAAAGAUUAAAGUAGCGAACACGUAUAUACAAACAGCGGCAAACCAAGCAAGAGUAGUUGCAAAUACAGAAUUGCUUUGGAACAUAAUUAAAAGUAUGCCACAAUUAGCAUCGAUUGAAGAAACAGAAAUAAAAGAUUUAGUCAAAAAGCUUGCCUUAGACAUCAGCAAUGCAAAUUUAACAAAAUUAAAAAAACAUGAAUUAGUGAAUGACUUCAUAAAAAAUGUUUUUAUUGAAACAAGCACCAAUUUUGAUGGAAAGUUACAAAAAGAACUUUCUGAACAUUUUAUAAACAAAUUACAAACCAAAUCGGAAGCUCUAGAGAAUGAAAUAAUCAUAUGGGAUAUAUUAAACAACACGUCUGGUCUGGACAAUAUUAAAAACGAUGAAGUCCGAGAUGCCAUAAGAAAGCUCGCAUCUGAGUUACCAGAUAAAGAAGGUACCACAGAGGACUUAAUUCAAGUUGUGCGAGAUUUACUUACCGAGGUUUCAACCAAAGCCGUCAUCAAAUUAAAUUCCGAGCAAAGAGAAAAAAUUGCGAAAGAAUUUGCUACAAAAAAGCACGAACAUACUUUCAAGUCUGAUGAAAAUAGUUUAGUGGCGUCUACUAAUAAAUCAAAUAACACUUAUAAAUUAAAUGGAAGUGAUCUUGCAAACCCAUACAAAAUUCAAGAAAAUACUUCUAAUGUCUCAGAAGAAAAUAAUAUAAUAGGUAAAAUAUCAAAUGAUGUAAUUUCCGAAAACAAGAUUAGUGAAGGUAUAGAGCCCAAAGAACCGCAACAAGUGGAUGCCUUAAAACCAAAUAAUUUAAGAAAUCCUACUGAUUCAAAUGCUUUUCUUGAAAAACAUGAACAUUAUUAUAGAGCUGGCUCGGAAAAAGAUGGAGGAUUUACUGACAAAAUAAAGGAACGGUUCGUUCUAGAUAGACUUAUUAGUACAUUCGGAUAUAUCAAUGAAGACAUAGUAGAUUUAAUUUGGAAACUGGCUGCUGAUCUUCAGUUUUUGAAACCAACGGAUUCAAAUAAAACUGUAUUGUUGGAAAAGCAAGAAUUAAUAAGAUGUUUUCUACAAGAUGUUUCCGCAAAGUAUGAUCAUAAAAUUGAUAGCGAGACUUUUAAUACCUUAACACAUAAAUUCAUGAGAUACUUACUAUGUGAAUGCCAUGAAUCCGGACUAAUUCACUCUAAUCAAAAUAACAGCACCAUUAAAAAUGACGCUAUAAAAUCAAACAUAACGAAAAUACAACGUCAAAUUUAUAUUGAAAAUGAAAAUAAUGUCAAUGGUUUUGCCAAUAAGGGUAAUCUGAGAGGAACAUCAGAAUUAGAAAAAAGUAUAUUCACAAAACUAUUGGAAACAUUUGGCCACAUUGAUGGCUCUGAUGAUGUACACGAUUUGAUCAAGACCUUGAUUGCUAAGAUAUUUUCAUUAAAAAAUAAAACAUCGUCCAACAACUUAUGCAUGGUGAAAAAUGAAGUUAUUCAGAAAUUCGUUACAGAUAUUGCUGCGAGAUAUAACUUCCAAAUUUACAAUGAUGAUAUGAACAAGUUACUAGACGACAUAAAUAAUUUAUUUGGAAAGCAAACAAAUAGAAACAUGUUCUAUGUUAAUGAUAAAAAACUUGCUCAUAAAAUGCAACUUAUAUGGAAAAAAACUAAAACUAUAUUUGAUGAUAUCAAUGAAGUAGAAGUAAAAGAUUAUAUUAGACAAGUUGCUACUGAUUUGAUUAUAUUAGAUGAAAAAGGUUCGACAGAGAGUUUACAAAUCGAAAAAGAAAUAAUAAUGACCAAGUUUAUAAACAAAGUUGCAGUUUUAUCGGAUAAAUCUAUGACCACACAGGCUCAAAAUAAGUUAGCUGCAGAUUUUAUUUCCUACUUGAAAUGCAAAUGUGCCAAAUCAGAAGAAAAGCAAAAUCAUUCCAAUAGUUCCAACUCAUUACAGAAUCAUAACAUAAUGAAGUAUUCUGAAGGAGUUCAAACUGAUUCAAACCAUAAACCUUCUUAUGGAAAAAAUGGAAAUAAUCUUCUAAGACCCUCUCUGACUGUCACUGAUACCACAGUGAAUUCAAAUAUUUUAAAAGAAAAAGUGACCGAUGCAGAAAAAGGAAGCAGUAUUCUAGACUACAUGCCUUACCAUAGCAAAAAAAUAUGUAGGUGUCACUCAAUUGUUCCUGAACAAAAUCAAAAAUAUAGAGACCAAGAUAAGAUUUCAUUACAAGCGCCUAGAAGUAGUCCUGAAUACGAAGGGCUAAACAAUUCUCAAACUAAAAUUUGUGAAUCAUUAGAGACGAAGCCUUUGAGUAUGCAAGUUAAAGAAGAAACAAAGAAACCAAAUUAUAUGAAAAAUGGAAGUUCUCAUGGAUAUCCAUAUAAAGAUGAACCAGAAGACGCAUCUCCAUCUAAAUUUGAUUUUAAAUAUAACCAAGAAAAUAUUGAUAUACCUAAAGUAGUAAAUAUAUGCCCAAAUCGAGCGUUAGCUCUUAUGACAAAAGGAAAUGAUGACACCAUUUUUAAAGAUAACUGUUAUCCUGAAAGAAAAUGUAAGACCUGUUCACAGAUAAAACAAUCAGAAACACAAACGGAACAUAACAUAUGGAAUAUCAUAAAUAAUAUUAGGAGCAGAUCUGACUCAUUUGAUUCAAUAAAUACUAAACUUAGACCAUUAAUUGAAAAAUUAGCUCUUAAAAUAGACGGCCAAGACAGUGUACAGGCACAGCAGGAAAUCAAGAAAUUUGUAAAUUCGAUUUCAAAAAUACUAAGUAAUAAAAACUCUUUGAGAGUAAUAGAAAAUAGUCUGUUACAAUUGGUUACAACUGACACAUCACACCUACGAAAGAAAUGGGAAAAGCACAAUGUCAUAGAAGACAGAUCAAAAAAACUUCAAGAAACUAUAGAUCGUUUUUCCCAAGUAGUUGAACGUAAGAAUGAUAAUAUCGCAACAAAACAGCGUAAACUAUUGCAAAUAAAAAGUUUAGCUGAAAAAAUCAAUGAAAUUGACUUCCAACCGGAUCUAGGAGAUGAGGAAAAACAAGCAAUGAUAGAAGAUGAAAUAUCACAAUUUGCAAGGAAAUUAUCUAUCGGUCACACGAAUGAUUCAAAGGAAUUACUUCAAAAAACUCUUAACGAAGAGUGGAAAAAGAUAGGAAAACAUAAUGUAAGUAAGAAACAAUACGCGGAAACUUAUCAGAUACCUGAAUAUACUACAAAUCUUGAAGCAGCUAUACAAAACUGGCUAAGAAAAUUUGAAGUUGAUGUAGAAAUCAUGGAAAAUUUACCUAUUGUUCUGGCUUCUGACUUUGAUGAGUGGAAAAAUGAAAGAGAUCCCGACAAAAAGUCUAAAUCUGCAUUACAGAGAAUAUUAAUUGAUCGAAUCAAAGACGCUUUAGAUGUAGAUGAAACAAAUUCAAUUUUAGAGCAUGUUGAGAGUUUAAUAAAUAUGAUUAAUAAAAUAAUAAAAGUCGAUAAACGAAUUAAUACAAAAAAGGACACCACUACUACUACUACUCUAUCAGAAAAAACUAUCGAUCCAUUGUGUCAAGAAAUACAAAAUUGGGUGGAAUUGCUUCCGCUUCGAGCAAAUAGUUCUCAAGAAAAAAGUAACAUUAAUGAAACAAAAAAAUACUUAACAAAACGAUUAUCUCAAAAGGUAGUUGCAUUAAAUAUGAAUCCAGAAAUAUUUAAUGACGAUUUCCUUUAUGGAAUUACUCUUGAUGAUGAAAUAGAUGAAGUUUUGGCUACAAUACCAUCCAAUCAAAAAUUAGAAGGAUCCAAAAGUGAACACAAAGAAAACAUCAUAAUUAAAUUAAAAGAAAUCCAAGAAAAAACCAAAGACAGUUUAGCAGGAAAAAAAUACAAAAUCGACUUACGUACUAAAAUAACAGGAAUGUUACCGAGUUAUGAAAAUUUUACAAUCCAGCAACAAGCUGUAUUUGAAAUAUUUAUAAAUGACUUGGUCGAUAUUUUUAUCCAAUCGACUUAUGAAUAUAAUCGUAUAGAAGAUCGAAACAAAGAAGUUUACAAUUUUAUUAAAAGUGAUAGGAAUGCUAAAACGGUUUAUGCUAAAGCGAGUUCAGAAUUAACAUAUAACAUUGAUGAAUUUUCAAAUGAAAUAGUAAAAACUUUAGAAAAAGUCCCGUUACCAAUUGAAACUGCUCUCAAAUCUGAAGUUAAACAAAUAAAAAUGAAAAAUACUAUUGGUGACUUAGUCAAGAACUUACCUUUUGAUCAUAACCUCGAUAUGACUGACCUUGUCAAAUUGAAUAAAAUGUUGUAUGUUUUAGUUAAUCGUUUGCAUGCGAUUGAAGCAGAGAAUGCAAGCCCUCAUCCGUCAAGUUACUACAAUUUAAUUAAAGCCGAAAUAUGUAAAUGGCUACAAAAGCUUCCACUUAAAAAUAAAGAUGAUGCUAAUGACAUUGCUGAACAAAUAACUAAAAGAAUCAAAGAUACAGAACUAGCUAGAAAGCCAAUUAAACAACGUACCGAAGACCAAUACAAAUCAACUUUAGCUGAAAAAGACAAAGCACUAUUAGAAAAAAUAAAACAAAGAUUACAAACCAAUAACUAUGGUAGACUUUCAACGGAUUCCACAGACGUUAUCUACGAAGACUUCGUAGUAGAUAAAAGCAAAUACACUAUAAACGAUAACAAUGACCCAGCUUUGCCUGAUGAUGAAAAUGAUCCUGCUCAGAACCAACAAACUCAAACUACCAGCUCAUCGCAGACCCCCACAUGUAUUUGCCCAAAACCUAAAGAAUACACAACAGCACGACCACAGCCUGCUAAAAACAGAAUACCUGCUCACAGAACUACAAGCCCAACUCAGCCUGAAUUUCUUCCAGAGUCGAUUCAUUUCCGAAAACCGCCUUGCAGUCGGGAUCCACCGCAUUUGCGACAACCCUGCGACCCUGAAAACCCCAUUUGCGGGUCUUGGCCUUCGCCUUGUUUCACAGAUGCUUCCAAGAAAACCCUCACAAGGAGACAAAGCCCUGGUGGCCAGUCCAAGAGAUACACACACGAUCAAGAACCUAAAAAGCCUCGUGCUAAGACUGCAGCAAAUAAAAGGAGAAACUUCCCAGCAGGAUUAAAAAUAAGGGAUGAAUUAGGUAAUGAAAAUACUGAAGAUAAAUCUAAAGGCAUUUCAAGAGGACAUCGAGAGGAAUCAGUGGAUAGAAGAAUCACAAAAGGCAGUGCCGAAUGCACAUGCCCUAUUGGCCAGUUAAACAAACAAAAGAUCUACAGAUACGCAGGCACUUUUCGGUGUGACGGUGCCGGUCCUUUCCCAAGCUUUUUAUAUUUUCCAGAAUGAGUGUGAUCUGGAUGAAAGUGUGAUGUUUUUAUAUUGUGUUUUUUUUCUGAUUAAACUUUUUUUUCUAUU